AAGUUCUUCUUUUUCUAGCAUCCAAGCUUCUAUUUAUUCUGUUUCUGUUACAAUCUGCAUAAAUUUUGUGUAAAAUUAAAUAAAUAAUACAUAUAUGUUUUUAAUAAAACGAAUCUUCGUCUUUAUUGAAAAACAAAUUUAAAGAAUGAAUGAAAAAUAGACCAUUUUCUGUGUAAUUUUCUUGUUUAAAAGAAUAAAUCGAUUGCUACACAUGUUUUCUGGAAUACUUUGAUUCCAAAUUCAUUGUUUUGGUCAGCAAUCAGCAUUUUUUUUUUAUAUCCGCGCAACAGAAAUCGUAACAAAAAAGAACGAUUUAAUUAUUUUGCUCAAAUAAAAAUAGGACACCCCAAAAAAUCAGUAUUCUUUUUUUUUACUUUUGCUCAAAUUGGAAAAACUAGAGAAUCUAGAAUAUAAUAUACACUGGAACAACGGCAUCAAUCCAGAAGAAAUUGAAAACAGAAACCCAGCACAAUGCCUGGCGAAAACGGUGACCGGGCUGGCUAUCGAAGGGCCGAAGUUGAUUGGAAUCGCUAUGGCCUCGGUGACGAUGAUGAACCCAAUUUUCGACAAAGAUCCAACACUGGCGGCUUUGUAGACCUUGGAAAUGAGUACACUUAUGCAGCAGGUGGUCAUCAUGCGUCCGGAGCGAAUGAAAUAUUUGCCGGCGAGCAAGGUGAUAAGCCAUGGUGGCGAACGAACUUCUUCAUAUCCCAACCUGUACUAUUCGGCGUUUGGGAUGGUGUGUUUACCUCUGUUCUCAUCAACGUAUUUGGAGUCAUUGUUUUCCUUCGUUCCGGAUGGAUAGUUGGUCAAGCUGGCAUAAUCAACGCUGUUCUCAUUAUUUUCUGCACUGUUGUCAUUGCCUUAGUUUCAAUUCUAUCGGCGGUGGGCAUUUGUGAACGAUGUCGUGUAGAAAGUGGAGGUGUUUACUUCCUCAUAGCACAUACUCUAGGCUCACGCUUUGGAGGUUCAUUAGGUCUGCUAUAUUGUUUCGGACAAGCGGUGGGUUGUGCAUUGAAUGUAAUGGGUUUCGGUGAGUCUAUGGCCGGAUUGGUAGGUCAUCCUGGAAACACUUGGGCUAUUCGAGGAUUUGCUACAGCUGCUGUUCUUUUAUUGGGCGUCAUCAAUGUUGCCGGUGUUAAGUGGGUCAUUAAGUUGCAAUUUGUGUUGCUUAUGAUUCUAUUGAUAUCGGCUUUGGAUUUUAUGGUUGGCAGUUUUGUUGGAGAAGAUCCAAAACAUGGCUUCGAUGGAUGGGUUAGUAGUAAUUUUGUUGACAAUCUAUGGCAAAAGUACGAGGAUGGAUAUUCUUGGUUCCGUGUGUUUGGUGUCUUCUUUCCCACUGUCACUGGUGUCUUGUCUGGCAUUAAUAUGAGUGGCGAUUUACGUGCUCCGUCCACUGAUAUCCCUAAUGGAACAUUAGCUGCCUUUGGAACUUCAACAUUCCUUUACUUGGUUUUCGUGCUGUUCCUUGGAUCAACAUGUAACCGACACACUCUUCUAACGGACUUUAUGAUCUCUGUCAAAGUAUCAGCUAUACAAUUCCUUUUAUUGGCCGGUAUCUAUGUGUCUAGUAUGUCGUCUUGUCUAGGUGCAAUGUAUGGAACUCCUAGAGUUCUUCAAAGUAUAGCCAAAGAAAGUGUUAUUCCUGGAAUCGAUGCUCUCGCUCAAGGACGUGGUCCCAAUAAAGUUCCAUUAUACUCAAUGGUUGUAGUUGCAGCUAUUACAAUCACAUUCAUCAUGGUUGGUGACAUCAAUUUCCUUGCUCCAAUCGUUACAAUGCCAUUCCUGCUCACCUAUGCUUGCAUUGACUACUCUUACUUUGCUCUAGCACAAACAUUUGAUAUUCAAGAACAACGCGAGGAAAGAUUCCGUAUCCAGGCAUCCAGUCCGUCAUAUGAAACUCGUCGUUAUGGUGCUGUCCAGGGUGAUAAUGAUUUGGAUUUGCUGUUUCCUGACCGAGUGCGUCAUAAGAAUUUACAGAGUCCUUCGACAUCACAGCAAAAUACACCACUUCAUGUGCCUUCAAGAAACAAUGAGACUGAUACACACAAUACAAUUGAAAUUCAACCAGAACAAAACAGUACGAAUCCAAAUCAUAGUCCCGAUAGUAGCACUGAUGAAGUGAUAUUCCGUAAUAAUGGAGGAACAACUACAAAUAGUACAAACAUUUCAGGUCUCGAUGGUGGGCAAGAUGUUGAUGAUGAUCAAGAGCCUGUUGCACCCAUUCGUCCUCCUAUACAUUCGAAAACCAAGAAUUGGUAUUCGGGAUAUUGUAAUCGAUGGGCUUCUCUACUAGGAGCUUUUACAAAAUUGUUAGUGAUGUUAUGUGUCAACUGGUAUUAUGCGAUAACAUGUUUUGUGGUGGUAUUUUUUGUUUGGUUUUAUGUUGGUACAGCUAAUCCAGCUGUUAAGCCAGGUCUAACAGCAGAGUUUAACUUGUUUGGAUGGCUGAAAAGUGUUAUAUUUCGAUGUUUUGGUAAACGAAUACACGGUUAUGAACACAUUGUGGUUACACCAUCUUGUCCAGGUGUUGACCUCUCCCCAACGCAGCUAAAUGACGAAAAUGAAGAUUUCUCACAGCGAAGACGAUAUCAUCAUUCUUCGGUUGUUCAAGGUCACUUGGUAGAUGAUAUUUAAUAAAACAUUUAAAUGUCCAAUAACAAAUCGCACAUAGUGUGAUGCAAUAUAGGACCAAAAUUUAAAAUUAAUUAACAAAAAAGCGAUAAUAAUAGUUUUUAGUAUAAAAUAAAAUUAAUAAAAAAAAAUAAUUAAAAUGUAUCUAUAAAAAGUAAAGCAAAACGUGUAAGCAUUUAUUCUAUACGUACAUAUUAUACAUAUAUAUAUA